AUGGCGUUCCUAUUUGACAUGUCCAGAUUUUUACCUGCUGUACCUUGGAUCCCAGAACCGACCUACAAAGGGAUCCUUGAAUUGACGGACACAUGGAUCCCAAAACCGAACUACAAAGGGAUCCUUGAAUUGACGGACACAUGGAUCCCAGAAGCGACCUACAAAGGGAUCCUUGAAUUAACGGACACAUGGAUCCCAGAACCGACCUACAAAGGGAUCCUUGAAUUGACGGACACAUGGAUCCCAGAACCGACCUACAAAGGGAUCCUUGAAUUGACGGACACAUGGAUCCCAGAACCGACCUACAAAGGGAUCCUUGAAUUGACGGACACAUGGAUCCCAGAACCGACCUACAAAGGGAUCCUUGAAUUGACGGACACAUGGAUCCCAGAACCGACCUACAAAGGGAUCCCAGAACCGACCUACAAAGGGAUCCUUGAAUUGACGGACACAGGAAUCCCAGAACCGACCAACAAAGGGAUCCUUGAAUUGACGGACACAUGGAUCCCAGAACCGACCUACAAAGGGAUCCUUGAAUUGACGGACACAUGGAUCCCAGAAGCGACCUACAAAGGGAUCCUUGAAUUAACGGACACAUGGAUCCCAGAACCGACCUACAAAGGGAUCCUUGAAUUGACGGACACAUGGAUCCCAGAACCGACCUACAAAGGGAUCCUUGAAUUGACGGACACAUGGAUCCCAGAACCGACCUACAAAGGGAUCCUUGAAUUGACGGACACAUGGAUCCCAGAACCGACCUACAAAGGGAUCCUUGAAUUGACGGACACAUGGAUCCCAGAACCGACCUACAAAGGGAUCCCAGAACCGACCUACAAAGGGAUCCUUGAAUUGACGGACACAGGAAUCCCAGAACCGACCAACAAAGGGAUCCUUGAAUUGACGGACACAUGGAUCCCAGAACCGACCUACAAAGGGAUCCUUGAAUUGACGGACACAUGGAUCCCAGAACCGACCUACAAAGGGAUCCUUGAAUUGACGGACGCAGGAAUCGUACCAACCGGCUGA